AUGCCGAGUAUCCAGCAAUGCAAACCAUUCAGGAGAGCUGGGAAUGAAUUUCUUGCUACUACAUUUCAAGCAUUCCAUUGCAACAUGGUUUCUAAGGGAAUUGGUGCACUUCUACUAUUGCUGUCUUUGAACCUGGUUUAUGGAACAGACUUUAUCAGAUAUGUCUAUCCAGCCUAUAAUAUAAAAAGUUACAGAGGUAACGAAGUAAACUUUCCUCAUUCAGUGAGCAAUGAAGACAGCGAGCACAACAGCAAUUCAAAAUCUGCAAGCAAUGAAGUGAAAGGGAAUAAUGGACGAAGCAAUGAAAACAAUGGUGACUCUAAUUCAGCAAGUUAUCAAGUGAAAGGGAAGUAUUAUUGGAGGAUUGAUGACAACGGGCAAAAUGGUGACUCUAAUUCUGCAAGUCAACAGGAGAAGGGCCAAUAUUCAAGAAGAUCAUCUUCUGAAGAAAAUCAAGAGAAUGGUCACUCCAAUUCUGGCAGCCAACAGAUCAAGGGACAGUAUUCAAGGAGAUCAUCUUCUGAAGAAAAUCAACAGAAUAGUGAUGCCAAUUCUACAAGUGAUGAAAAUAAUGGCCAUGAUUUAGAAGACAUUGUGGAGAACAAUAACUCUGAUUUUUCUUCCUCUUCUUCCUCCUCCUCCUCUUCUUCAGAAGAACAUUAUGGAGAGCCAGGCCCACCGGGUCCACCUGGAUUACCAGGACCAAUUGGUCCACCAGGAUACCCAGGAAAGCCAGGGUUUGGGCUGCCAGGUCAUCCUGGUAAGCCUGGACCACCCGGACCACAAGGACUAUCAGCUAUUGGAAAACCAGGUGGCCCAGGAGAACCAGGAAAGCCAGGUGUGCCAGGAUCUCCUGGCCGAAAAGGGGAUAAGGGAUCUCAGGGGAUGCAAGGACCAAGAGGACCUCCAGGACCUAGCGGACCUCCCGGACCAGCUGGGUUAUCUGUUAUUGGGAAACCAGGGGCUAAAGGACCACCAGGUCCUCCAGGAACACUUGGAUUUCCUGGAAGAAAAGGGGACCCUGGAUACUCUGGUCUACCCGGACCAAAAGGAGAUAAAGGGGUUGGAAUUCCAGGACGUCCUGGUGAUAAAGGUGCUCCGGGACCACGUGGUCCGCAAGGACCACCUGGUCCAGAAGGUAAAGGACACAAAGGACCCCCAGGUCACAAAGGUGAACCAGGAGACAAAGGUGAAAAGGGAUCACAAGGGCCUCCUGGACAUCAUGGUAAACCAGGCCAAGAUGGUCCACCAGGACCACCUGGUAAAGAUGGAACUGGGAGGCCUGGAAUACAGGGACCACGAGGAGUUCCGGGAAUGAAGGGUCACCCUGGUCUGCAAGGUUUGCCAGGUUCACCUGGGUUGCCAGGUGUUGGAAAGCCAGGUCUUCCAGGACUCAAAGGACACCCAGGUUCUCCUGGAUUGACUGGAAAGCCUGGAAGUAAAGGAGAGAAAGGAUCAGCUGGAGAACCUGGACCUCGUGGCCCUGUAGGACCACCAGGGUCACCAGGUCCAAAAGGCCCAAAAGGUCCACCAGGUAAUGUUGGUGCACCAGGAGAGAAAGGCCAUCCAGGACUAAAGGGUCCAGAAGGGCCUUCUGGCCCAAAGGGUGAGCAAGGGUCAAAAGGGGAGCAAGGAAAAUCUGGGCCUCCAGGAAAGCCAGGUGAGGAGGGUAAAAAAGGAGCACAAGGUCCACCUGGAGAAAAAGGUGAUAAAGGACCUGUUGGGCCACGUGGUAAACCAGGAAACCCAGGUCCUCAAGGUCCUCAAGGACCACAUGGGCCUCCAGGUAAACCUGGCGAGAAAGGACAUCCUGGAUUACCUGGUUCAGUAGGUCUAACUGGGUCUCCAGGUUCUCCAGGACACCCAGGAGUGAAGGGAGAUCCAGGAGUUCCAGGACCACCGGGUCCUCCAAGUAAAUUUCAAGCAAAAGUCAUAAAGGGGCCAAGUGGUCCACCUGGACCAAAAGGAGCAAUUGGUCCACCAGGCAUUCCAGGAGCCCCUGGUCCAGCAGGCCCACCAGGAGAAAUUAUUAUACCAAAAGGAAAAUAUGCAGGUUAUAAUGGUUACAUUGAUUCAGGUGGCGUGGUGAGUCCUGUUCCAGCAUUUACAGCCAUUCUCUCUCAGCCAUUUCCUCCCAAAGGGCAACCAAUAGUGUUUGACAAGAUACUGACCAAUUCAAAUAACAAUUACGAUCCAUCAAAGGGAAUUUUCACAUGUGAAAUACCUGGUAUCUACCAAUUUUUUUAUCAUGUACAUGUUAAGGAAACAAAUGUUUGGGUGGCAUUAUAUAAAAAUGAAGAACCUGUAAUGUACACGUAUGAUGAGUAUACACCACAAUAUGUUGACCAUGCUUCAGGAACAGCUAUCUUACAUUUGGAUGAAAAUGACAAAGUAUAUGUACAAUUACCUGCAGAAAAGUCUAAUGGUGUGUAUUCUUCUGAAUAUAUGUAUUCAUCAUUUUCUGGAUUGUUAAUAAGAAAUGACAUUUACAUUGCAAUUGCAGCAUCAGUGAAAAGCGAUUUUGAAGUUAUAGUGGAAAUCAAAAGUCUCACUAACUUCACUCCAAAAUUAGGACAAACCUCAGAUUCACAUUACAACUUUCGAGCUUGGAGUAGUUCAGACGAAGAUGAUUCCUACAGUUCUGAAGGAGUAUCAAGAGGGCCACGCGGGCCACGAGGUUAUCCAGGUCCACCAGGCCCACAAGGCCCACCAGGAGAACGAGGAGUCGGACUGAGAGGGGCUCCUGGUAGUACUGGGCCACGAGGACCACCAGGACAGUCAUCUGCUGGGAAACCAGGUGCUCCAGGAGCAUCAGGAAAGCCUGGUGCAAAGGGAUCUCCCGGAGAGAAAGGUGACAAAGGAGCUCCUGGGAAACCGGGAGAAAAUGGCAGUUCAGGACCAAGAGGACCUCCUGGCCCACCUGGAUUAUCAAUUCCUGGUAAACCAGGUUCCCAAGGGGCACCAGGUCGUCCAGGAUCACCAGGAGCACCUGGAUCCAAAGGCAAGUCAGGAAGUCCUGGUCAACCAGGCCCAAAGGGAGAAAAGGGAUCUGGAGCUCCUGGAGAAAAAGGUGACAAAGGUGAACCAGGACCAAGAGGGCCAUCAGGUCCAUCUGGACCAAAAGGAAUAGGAAAAACAGGGCCUCCUGGUCCUCCUGGUAAACCAGGUUCCAAUGGGGAGAGGGGUGCCCCAGGUUCACAAGGAAAGUCAGGAGCACAAGGCCAGAAAGGGCCACCAGGUCCACCUGGACAAUCAAGAAAUGGAUCUCCUGGACCUAGAGGAGAACCAGGGUCACCUGGAUCUCCUGGACCAAAAGGCUCAGUAGGUCCAAAAGGUUCACCAGGAGAACCAGGAAUGCCAGGCAUUGGUAAAGCUGGAAAUCCAGGACCAAGAGGAGAGCGUGGCCCUGCAGGCUCAAAUGGUUAUCCUGGAGAAACUGGGAAAAAGGGACAGCCAGGUCAACCUGGACCACAAGGACCACGAGGACCGUAUGGCCCACCAGGUCAGGACGGUCCAAAAGGGAAUCCAGGGCAAAAUGGUGCACCAGGGUCAAAAGGUAAUCCAGGGCCACCAGGACCACAAGGGUUUCAAGGAUCAAAAGGACAACCAGGGCCAGGUGGUGCACCAGGAAAGUCAGGAUCUCCAGGACUUCCAGGUAGACCAGGCUCAGAGGGUCCACAAGGACUUCCUGGUCAAAAAGGUGACCCAGGACUACCUGGAGCACCUGGUAAAUCAGGUAGCCCAGGUUCACCAGGGGCACCUGGGUACCCUGGAAAAGAAGGAAUGAGAGGGUCUGCUGGACCACAAGGUCCAAGAGGUCCAACUGGAGAUCAAGGAUCUCCUGGAAAUCCAGGAGAAAGAGGAGAGCCUGGUCCUCCUGGUCCUCCAGGUAACCCAGGUAAUUAUUAUGGAAAAUUAUCAGGUAAUAUACCUGGUUCACCUGGACAGGAAGGACCUCCAGGUCCUCCAGGACGUCCUGGUCCACCAGGACCACCUGGAAAAGUGGCUACACAAUCAGAAAAACAUAAGAUACCAGCAUUUACAGCCAUCCUGUCUCAUUCGUUUUCAUCGACAGACCAACCAGUGGUAUUUGACAAAAUAUUAAUUAAUUCAAAUGAUAAUUAUGAUCCAUCUACUGGGAUUUUUACAUGCAAAAUACCUGGCAUCUAUCAAUUUUUUUAUCAUGUACAUGUUAAGGGAGCAAGUGUUUGGGUUGGAUUAUACAAAAAUGAUGAAGCUGUAAUGUAUACAUUCGAUGACUAUAAAAAGGAUUAUAUCGAUCAGGCCUCAGGAAGUGCUAUAAUAAGCUUACGUAAGAAAGACAAAGUUUACAUUCAGUUAUCCUCAGAAGAAUUCAAUGGUUUGUAUUCAUCUGAAAAGAAAAGUUCUUCCUUCUCAGGAUAUCUAAUUGUUCCAUCAUGA